AUGUUAGCCGGGAGCGCAUACUGCGUGGCGACUUGCGAGGGGGCUUUGGCUGUGACAUCCAGCAUGUCCCAGCUUCUACCUACUCUUGCGGCGUCUAGCGCGAGUGUUGUGCCCUCGGUCCCUUCGUUGAGCAUUUCUGGCGUCUCGACGUCCAGUACUGCUAGGGCGGCCCAUGCCAGUGCGAACUCGACCACACCUUUGCAGUCCGGAGCCGCGACAUCGACGACUCCUGCGACGCCGAGCUCCUCGUCCAGCACAGAUGUGUACAAGUCCUACACCGGCGACGGCUCCGAAGCAGCAGGCUGGCCGUCCGAAAAGCGCUGGCUCGAUUUCGACAAGAUGUUCACGGCCAACCAACCACAAAUGAAAGGGUCCUGCGCCCAAUGGGGCGUACCCGACGACACCGAUGACGAGAUCUCCGAAAUGAAGGCCGCGAUCCAGCAAGUCGCCUCGUCCAGCGGCGUCGAUGCUCGGUUCAUCUUGGCCAUUGUGAUGCAGGAGUCGACGGGGUGUGUGCGAGUCAUCACGACGCAGUACUCCGUCUUCAAUCCGGGUCUUAUGCAGAGCCAUAACGGCACGGGCUCCUGCAACGAAAACAACGUCUCCACGGCCAUCGCCACCUCCGGACCCUACCACUCCAACGGCACCGUGCAAACGCCCUGCCCGCAAUCCCAAAUCCACCAAAUGAUCCAGGACGGCACCCAAGGCACCUCCUCCGGCGACGGCCUGCAGCAACUCCUCGCGCAGCAGAAGGGCGGCGGGUUCGCCGCGGCGCAGGCGUAUUACCGCUCGGCGAGGGCGUAUAAUGGGGGCAGUGUGGCGGCGAGCGGGGCGUUGGAGGAUGGGUGUUGUACGAAGAGUUAUGCUAGCGAUGUGGCGAAUCGGUUGAUGGGGUGGGUUGCUGCGCCAAGGACGUUUAGUGGGUAG